ACACAACAAUCCCUUUAGUUUCGACGGUCGUUAUCAGUACAUAGUCAGUACAUAGUCAGUACAUGCGUCAACACCGUUGCUUUUGUAGCCGGCGGCACCCAAUCAUUUGACGCGAUUGCAAGGGGGGAAAGACGCUCAGAAAGAAACCAGUGCGUGGCAUUGAGCAUCUCGACGGUCAAGUGUGUCUGACACUGUCAAAUAAGUAUUGUUUCCGCACGGACUCCCGUAGCAUCUCGUUGGUAUUUCCCUUGGAAAGCCAGGCAGCAAAACCAUGCCUCCGCGCCGCUUUCGCUUGUCUCUGUAGAAUCAUAGAUCGGACCUCCAGUGCGAGAGGAGCAACACUUGUGAUCUCAGUGAGUUCCUUCACGGAGCAUGCUGUCAGAUGCUGUCAGGCCCACGUACUGAGGGGUAUAUCCCGAAAGAGGCAGUUUGAUAUCCUGCUCAGUCUCUCCACUUUGCGUGUUCACAAGAAAGUCUGCUUAUGCCAGCUCUACACACCUGCGUUGAGUCGGUACUAAGCGACUGCCAAGGUGAAUAUUCUCCUGGCAAGUCAAACCAAGGGGUUAUCGCUUCAAGUUUCAAGCUUCAAGUAGGGCCAGGGCCGGGAUGGUGCGAUAUGCAGCCCCGAACAGGGAUGGCGACGGAAUGAGCGAUGCUCGAAUUGCCAAGCCGCUUGAGGCUCUAAAUUUGCGCCUCCAAGGAAACGAGUCAAUACGAUCACUGUGAAUGGCAACAUCUGGCAGAAUCUGCUGCUCGCAUUGCGCAAACGGUGCUAACUGAAAAGAUAAACAUCGUGAGCUCAUUCGACCUCGGAAUUAGUGGAAGGUGCCUGAUUGCCUUGCUGAUUGCACUAAAUUGCACUCUUCUAUCUUUUCCCGUCCUUUAGUAGCUAUUUAAGAUGUCCUCCCAGUGCCCGAUGGUUUUUCGUGCACUCACCUCUGCCCGCCGUUCCUUCACAGUCCAACCGUCAAGAUGUCCGACUUGAAGCGUGAGACUACGCACGAAUCGUCUUCCCAUUCUCUGGACCAGGAGAAGGGUGGUCAUGCCGAAACGGCUGAGGCGUUACUGGCACAGUACGAUCCCAAGGAGAUCGAAAGGAUAUGGAAAAAGGUUGACUGGCAUGUAAUGCCCGUCGCGAUGAUGCUUUAUCUGGCUUCCUACAUUGAUCGUGCGAAUAUCGGAAACGCCAAAGUGCUUGGGCUACAGAAGUCCCUGCAACUCACGAAUAAUCAAUACAACCUGGCCUUGUCAAUCUUCUUCGUUGGUUACGUCAUUUACGAAACGCCCUCAAACAUCCUCUUGAAGAAGAUCAGUCCGAGAUGGUAUAUUCCUGCCAUGACUGUUAUCUGGGGCCUUAUUUGCGCGCUCUUUGCUUGCAUCCAAACCCCGGCAGGUCUGAUUGCGAUACGUUUCUUCCUCGGUUUUGCAGAGGCUGGAUUCCUUCCCGGCAUUAUCUAUUGGAUGGGCUGCUGGUACCCCCGUUCUAUGCAAGGUCGACGGUUUGGUAUAUUGUACUGCACCGUCUCACUGACCGGUGCCUUCGGUGGACUUCUCGCCACUGCUAUUCACACUCUUGAUGGCGCUCAUGGAAUUGACGGGUGGAGAUGGAUCUUUAUCGUCGAAGGCUGCAUCACCGCGGGCUUGGGCAUUUUAUCACUCUUCGUCAUGUCUGCCUAUCCCGCAACCGCUUCGUUUCUCUCUGAAGAAGAGCGAAGGGUCAUUAUCCUCGUCAACGAAGCUGACCGCGCUCUCAAAGCCAAGGAAGCCUUCUCCGGUAGGCAGAUCCGAUCGGCAUUCACGGACUGGCGUACCUACUGCUGGGCUAUCAUGUAUAUUUGCACCUACAUUCCGGUGUACAGCGUCGUUCUUUCCCUCCCUACGGUCGUCACCGGACUUGGAUACUCUGGAACUAUUGCGACUUUAAUGGCAUGCCCACCUUAUGGACUUGGGUUCUUCGCGGUACUCGGCGUUGGCUUCACUGUCGAUCGUUAUGGCAAUCGAUUCUGGCACUACGUCGGGGGUAUCUCCAUUACCAUGAUCGCGCUGAUCAUCCUCAUGGCCGUGGAGAACCUCGUCGUCCGUUAUGUGAUGUUCUUCUUCAUCAUGUUCAUGUUCGUUCCAAUCUCUGUGAUGUGGGCAUGGAUGUCGUCGAAUAUUGCCGGUUCCAACAAGCGUGCCGCUGCAAGCGGUUUCAUCUUUUCCUUCGGAAACAUUGGCGGAGCCAUCUCUGGUCAAAUCUACCGUGCAGAGUGGGCUCCUCGUUACGUCCAGGGUCAUGCCAUUAACUUGGGAUGUUACGUUCUUGCGCUUGCUGCCGGCACUCUUCUGUGGUGGAGUUACCGUAGUGACAACAUCAAAAGGGAAGCUGCUGCUGGCCAGGUAGAACAUCAUGCGGACAUGUUGGGAGAUGAUCUGGGAGAACAUGGAGACAGACAUCCCAACUUCAGAUACUAUCUAUAAAAGUAUUCAACUGUUGUCGGAAUCCUGGUGAUGUUAUAAGCAAGUGCUCGUACUGUAUUAUUAGAGGGGAUUGGGAUAUAGAGCAAUAGCUUACUACUAGGAGUAUGCUUGACGAAUGUUACGACAAUAUCAUAUAGCAAGCAACAGUGAUUCGUCCGUGAAUAGUACUAAGGUGACAGAAUGUACACUGUUAAUGAAAGAAAAGGACUGCCACAGCC